UCAUUCAUUUCCUCCUUUCUUCUUACUUCUUAAUACAUAUAUAGGCUAUGCUAUGCUAUGCUAUGCAUGCAAAUCCACUUCAUUAUUAGCAUAACAAAAAGUUCAUCUCUUUACACAUUACAUUUUCUGACAUUAAUUCUUCAAAUGCAAUCACUUUUCUGAAAAUUAAUUUUUCCAUUUGAUAUAUCUAAGAUCAGCUGUUGGAGGAAGUUAACAUGGGAGCACCAUUUAAAGGAAUCAUUCAAGAUGUCAAAGGAAGAGCAGCAUGUUAUAAACAAGAUUGGGUGUGUGCAAUCUGUUCUGGAGUUAGCAUAUUGGCUCCAACAUUCUACAUAUUCUUUGCUUCUGCUCUUCCUGUUAUUGCAUUUGGAGAGCAACUUAGUAGGGAAACAGAUGGAAGCUUGAGCACAGUGGAAACAUUGGCAUCUACAGCCAUUUGUGGAAUUAUCCACUCAAUUUUUGGUGGCCAACCUUUGUUGAUUUUAGGAGUUGCAGAACCAACUGUUAUAAUGUAUACUUAUCUCUACAAUUUCUGCAAAAACACACCACAGUUGGGUGCCAAGCUCUUUCUUGCUUGGGCUGGUUGGGUUUGUGUUUGGACAUCAUUUUUGUUAAUUAUGCUUGCAAUUUUUAAUGCUUGCACAAUUAUCACUAGAUUUACUAGAAUUGCAGGAGAGUUAUUUGGAAUGCUAAUCACUGUUCUUUUCUUUCAAGAGGCUAUAAAGGGACUGAUAAGCGAGUUCGGCACGCCCAAGGCUGAAAAUCCUUCUUCGGAGGAAUUUCAAUUCCAAUGGCGGUAUACAAAUGGAUUACUUGCAAUCAUUUUCUCUUUUGGAUUAGUUGUCACUUCACUUAAAAGCAGAAGAGCAAGAGCAUGGCGAUAUGGAACAGGGUGGCUACGAGGCUUUAUUGCAGAUUAUGGGGUUGCAAUGAUGGUAGUGUUGUGGACUGCAAUAUCUUAUGUAAUACCAGGCAAAGUUCCAAAUGGUGUUCCUAGAAGGCUGUUUUGUCCACUUCCAUGGGAACCUGCAUCUCUUUAUCACUGGACAGUAGUGAAGGAUAUGUGGAAGGUACCCUUAAGUUAUAUAUUUGGGGCAAUCAUUCCGGCUUUGAUGAUAGCGGGUUUAUACUUUUUCGAUCAUAGUGUGGCUUCUAAGAUGGCACAACAGAAAGAAUUCAACCUUCAAAAGCCAUCUGCCUACCAUUAUGAUGUUUUCCUACUUGGAAUAAUGACUCUGAUAUGUGGUAUCCUUGGCCUUCCUCCUUCAAAUGGAGUCCUUCCACAGUCCCCCAUGCAUACUAAGAGUUUGGCAGUUCUAAGGAGGCAGCUGAUCCGAAAGAGGGUUGUGAAAAGCGCCAAGGAAUGCAUCGAGCAACAUACGACCAGCUCUGAAUUAUACAGAAAGAUGCAAGCUGUGUUCAUAGAAAUGGACACAGUCCCUACCGUUAAAGAAUUGGAAACUUUGAAAGAAGCUGUAAUGAACUCUGAUAGCAAGGAUGGUGCAAAGGAAAAUUUUGAUCCUGAGAAAAACAUAGAUGCUUAUUUACCAGUCCGGGUUAAUGAACAAAGAAUGACCAACUUAUUGCAGUCCCUCUUAGUUGGUGCAUCAAUAAUAGGCAUCUCAGUUAUGAAGAAGAUACCAACCUCAGUUUUAUGGGGAUAUUUUGCUUACAUGGCAAUUGAUAGUCUUCCAGGGAAUCAGUUCUGGGAAAGGAUAUUGCUCCUCUUCAUCACCCCAAGCCGGCGUUACAAAAUUUUGCAAGGUUCACAUGCCUCAUUUGUGGAGACGGUACCGUUCAAGACCAUCGCUGGAUUUACAGCCUUACAGUUGGCAUAUUUUCUGUUUUGUUAUGGGGUCACAUGGAUACCUAUAGGUGGAAUAUUGUUUCCACUGCCAUUCUUCCUUCUCAUAAUUAUAAGAGAACAUGUACUUCCAAAGUUGUUCGAGCGUAACGAUCUUCAGGAACUAGAUGCUUCUGAGUACGAGGAAAUAAUAGGCGCUCCACGUGGAGCACUCAGUAUGUCAUUCAAGGAUAAAGAGCCACAUGAUAGUGAUACUGAUGGAAGCUCAGAAGAUUACUAUGAUGCAGAGAUAUUGGAUGAGAUGACAACCAACAGAGGAGAGUUGAAACUUAGAACUGUAAGCUUCAAUGAUAGAAACCACAGCAACAGCUUCAAUGAAGACAGACACAUUCAUGUUUAUCCUGGAGAUGCUGUCUGAAUAUUGCAGUUUUAUAGGAUGUAGAAAGGGUUUGAUUGCUCUCAUGAUUCUUGUGUAAUCAGUUAAGUUUGAAGAUGAUUUUCUGUCAAACAAGAAAGGAUUCAAUUGGUGAAAGAGAAGAAUGGCAAAAAGGAAAAUAAAGAAAUGGAAAAGUUCGUUUGAACUUUGAAAUGGGUUUCAAUAUAAGAUCACAUUGAAGUAUUGAGAUCAGGGAUGAAUUCCUCCCUUAGUUGGAAACGAAGUUCCAAAAAAAAAAAGUCUGGUUGGGGUGGAGGGAAAUGAAAGAUAGUAUGAGUGAAAGAAAAAAAUAAAGACAGGGAGAAGAGCAAGGAAUGAGACACCUGAAAAAUAUAUUAUGCUUAUUUUGAAGUUAAAAUAUAGUAGAUAAAUGUAAGUGUGUAGUGCAUUAAUUCUUCAAAAAAAAUUCCUAACAAUUGUUCUCUUGAUUGAAUAGAGUAGAGAGUUUGUAAAUGUUAUAUUAAGAAUUUCUGAUCGGUAAAAUGUGUUAUUUUUAUUGAAAAA